AUGAAGGCUCAAAUGUUGACCUUCCCUUCCGUCUUGCUUGACGCGCCGAGGACAUCGGACGAGGCUGCGUUCCAGCCUGCGCGUGCCCAAGAACUUGGCGUUCCAGGUGCCUCAGCCGUUCGAGCUGUUCGCGAUUCGACUGUCGAAUCUUGCUCGCAGUCCUCUCAGCCCGUGCAGCACGCUCAGUGGCAGCCUCUGCAUCCAGCUGGGCAUCGACAGCCUUGUUCACCGCCGCAUUCAAAUCUUCCUGGGCAACCAGGACGCCAAGGCUAUCAUCGCAACGGCCAACCGCCGCUUGUGGAUGCGGUAGGGCAAAAGCACUGGACUGCGGAGCAUUUACUGGGUCACGAGGACCCUCGUCGCGACUUCAUGCGUGCGCGAUUCCAACCACGCGCAAGUAAUUUGUGCGCUGGAUCGGGUUUUUAUCCGAGCAAGAUACGUGGGAACUUUCGUUCGUCACUUCUUCAGGACGUUCCAGACGUCGUUAAAGCAUAUGAGUCCGUGGACACGCCCAUCCUUUAUGCGUCAGACAACGUAUGUGUUCUCGUGGCGAACGAGAACGAGACGAUCGACGACGGCGUCGUGGUGAAGUGUCAACACGACGACGAGACCAAGAGCGACGACGAUGUCGUGAUGAAAGAUCACUACGACCACGACCACGAGAGUGUCGUCGUGAUGAACUUGCUUCACCACGACUACGAUAAAGAGAGCGUCGUGGAGAACGUGCAUCACCACGAACACGAGAGCGCAAUCGUCGUGGUAGAUAUGCAUCACGACCACGAUAACGAGAUCGUCGUGAUGGAUCCCCAUCACGACCACUGA